AAACUACUCCUUUUUUGGCAACUACUCCUUUAUUAAAGCAUAGAAAGAAAAUUCGCACGUUCUUUUUCAUUAUUUAAAAUAAAAUUCGAACCACCAAUAGUCCAACAGUACCGACAAUGAAAAUACAAAAGAACGACAUUGCAUUGGUCAUUUGACUCAAACUAAAUAAAAGCCUCAUUGUCUCUCAUAAUUGCAAGCAUUGGAAAGAAGAAAAAUGAAUCCACUUAGUCUAAUUGCAACAGCUUUUUGUUGUGUUGUGUUUAUAGUAAUUGGAACAAUACCCUUUUCUGAUGCACAAUUAGAUCCUUCAUUUUACAAUGAUACAUGUUCCAAUGUUCAUUCAAUUGUACGUGGUGUGCUCACAAAUGUUUCACAAUCUGAUCCUAGAAUCCUUGCUAGUCUCAUCAGACUCCACUUUCACGAUUGUUUUGUUCAAGGUUGUGACGCCUCAAUUUUGUUGAACGAUACAAGUACAAUAGUGAGUGAGCAAAGUGCACCACCAAAUAAUAACUCCAUAAGAGGUUUGGAUGUGAUAAAUCAAAUCAAAACAGCAGUGGAAAAUGGUUGUCCCAACAUAGUUUCUUGUGCUGAUAUUCUUGCCCUUGCUGCUCAAAUAUCUGUUGAUUUGGCAAAUGGUCCUGUUUGGGAAGUUCCAUUGGGAAGAAGGGAUAGUUUAACGGCUAAUAAAAGUCUUGCAACUCAAAAUCUUCCAGCCCCCACCUUUAACCUCACUCAACUUAAAUCCACAUUUGCUACUCAAGGCCUCAAUACUACUGAUCUAGUUGCACUUUCAGGUGGUCACACAAUUGGAAGAGGUCAAUGUAGAUUCUUUGUGGACCGAUUAUACAAUUUUAGCAAUACUGGUAAUCCUGAUUCAAGUCUUAACACAAGUUAUUUACAAACACUACAAUCAAUAUGUCCCAAUAGUGGACCCGGUACCAAUCUCACCAAUUUGGACCCAACUACUCCUGAUACAUUUGACUCCAACUACUACUCUAAUCUUCAAGUUGGCAAUGGCUUGUUUCAGAGCGACCAAGAACUUUUUUCAACAACGGGUGCAGAUACCAUUUCAAUUGUCAAUAGUUUCACCAACAAUCAAACUCUGUUCUUUGAAAAUUUCAUAGCCUCCAUGAUAAAAAUGGGGAAUAUUGGAGUGUUAACAGGAUCUCAAGGUGAAAUUCGAACACAAUGUAAUGCUGUGAAUGGGAAUUCCUCUGGAUUGGCUAAUGUAGCCACUAAAGAAUCAACACAAGAUGCUGUGGCUCAUUCUGAAUAUAUAUAAUUAAUCAACAUAAGCUGAGGUGUCCAUUUAUUGACACAUAUAUACAUUUAAUUAAUCUCUGAAUAUAUAUAUUCUACAUUAUAUCUAUAUACUAUUACAUGUGUUUGGUCUUU